AUGCCGCGGAUCAACGACGAUCUGCAGAAGCUGGAACAUCGUGCCAAGUUCGCACAGCACCAUCGUGCCUGGCUGCGUUUCGACGCCUAUUCACGCGUGUCGAUGGCAUUGGGUAUUAACCAGAUGCUUCAAUCCAUGUCCUAUUUCAUCGCUGGUCCAGUACAGAAGCACAGGCCGAGCUUUGCUCUGAUCACCGUGAUCGGUGUACAGGCCAUUGCCUUCUUUCUGGUGAAGCUCGAUUGGCGAUCGAUGGAUACGGACGAGUCGGACGAUGAGGGGGAGUUUCAGAGAACAAAGAAGAAGGAUGUGAGCAGCCUGCCUCUCAUCGACUUCUUCGCCAUCUCGGUCACUAACUUGUUGCCUCCGGUGUGGAUGGUCUUGAUCCUUUGGUUGGCUCACUUCAUUGACUCCACGGAUGAGGGGAAUUUGGACCACCAAGGCCGGAUAACUGCUCGAGUCCUGGCCACUCCCAUCUUCUUCCUGCACGCCGCCUGGUUAUAUUUGGUGCGCUGGUACAUUGCUCCUCACCAACAUGACUUGCUCCCGGUUCGACUACGAACGGUGGGCUAUUUGGAUGUCUUCAUGCGUGAUGCCAAGCUGGUGCAUGAGCAAGAGGAAGAGGAUCUGGAGCAGGAGGUGGAGGCCUUUCCCCAGCCCCGGCGACGGAAGAGCACGCGCUGUCGGCACAACGAGGCGGCGAUGAAAACCGUGGUGUGUUGCGACAGUGUGGAAGACCUUUGGACAUCCCAUGAAUGGGAGGAGGACUACUUGGCCUCUGUUGAAACCUCUGGGCGCCGUGCCAAGAGCCGUGGACGAAAGACCCCCGAGCCCCAGAGCCCUGAUGUGGAGGCCGCCAAGGGCCAUGCGCCGUCGGAAUGUCAGCAAUGCUUAGUGCCCAAGCGGAAGCGGCCGCGGGGCCACGAUCACGUCGCCUGGUUGGUGGUGGGUCGCUUCACCACGGUGAUGAUUUGGCUGUGGAUCGGAGGAGGCUUCAUUCAUAUCACCAACUCCUUGCUGGACUUGGAAGGCACACCCAAGGACCUGAAUGGCAAUAUUCAGGAUCAGGUCCGCCGGGAGCUUGGCCCGCCGCGGAAGCUGCUGGCCCAGUGGCCGGAGCCGGCACGCUUCUUCGAGGUCACGAAGCUCCACUGCAACAGCAGCAGCGUGGUCAUUGGCACGCCCUUCAACGUGUGUCGCAGUCUGCAGUUAUUUCGGCACCGGCGCCCUUUGGCGCAGAUUGGUGAGUUUGAGAUGAAAGCUGCAUGGUGUGAACCAGGCCGCUGUCGUGCCUUGGAAAAGCGGGGCCGACAGUGGCAGCUACGCUCGUUGGGCGAGGUCCUCCCGGAGUCCUGGGAGCUCCUGGCGGCCGCACCCGCUGUUCCGCCCAUUUGGCGCAGUCCGCCCGGGGCAGCGGGCGGCGCGGCGGCACCGGUGCUGCUCGCAGCCUGGGACGGUGAACGCGUGGUUAUCUCCCGGCUUGAAGAGACAGAUCGGCGCUGGCGCCUGCAUCGGCGCUUUGCGGUGCAUCCCAGUUGUGAGACCUUGACGGUGUUGAGGGGCCGCGCGCUGGAGGGUUGGGACCUGGUGGCCGGCACCAGCUUGGGAUGCUGGAAGAUCAGCGCGGAGGAUCACGGUGAGUAUUCCGCCGUGUGCCACGACAGCUCCAACUUGCUUCUGGCAAGGCUCUCCCAGAGUGCCUCGGCCCCCGACCUGGGCGCGGAACGACGAGGAUCAGGCAGUUCCAGCUUGAAGAAGGCCGAAGACCUGCCAGGCUCGAGCUCCCAGGUCUUUACCACGACCCUCUAUGAACAGAUGAAAUCCAAGGGACUCUUCAAGAACCAUUUCCCCAACAUUCCGCCCGCGGGAAAGUCCAUCAACGUGCCCUUAAAUGACUCGGCACAGCAGGAUUUGGCGCCGGAGAUCUUCUUCCCGCUGCCCGCGACGCCUGUGAGCGAGCGGAAAUUCCGCAGGAUCUCACACGGCCCGGGGGAGAUUUGCGUUCAUCACGGCCUGAAGGAUCAGCUGCUCCCAGCGGAGGACUUCCGCUACGGCAUUCGGGGCCAAAAGGGCGCUAGCACCGAAGACACCAUGAAGGCUGGCCUCCUGCUUGGGGUCGCUGCCUAUCAGAACGAAGUGGCCGAGUCCAUCUACGAGUCGCGCAAGAAAGAGCCCCUAGGAAGACCCUGGAACCGCGGGCAUGCGAUCAAAAUGCUGCCCGAGGGCUUCGGCAAUCCCAGUGGUGAACCGCAAAAUGGCAAGGAGGUCAUCUAUGGGAUUCACCAGCCGCCAGACAAGGAGGAGCACAGGUUGCUGUACAAAUACACGCACAACAACUUCAACCCUGGCGAGCGCAUCGAGCGCAAGUACCGAUGGCCGGCCGAGACAAAGGACUCCCGGUUCCGCUUCGGGCAUGGGCUUGGGCAAGCGCAGGAGCAGUGUGAUGGUCUGGGCCCUAAAUUGGGACGUUGA